AGGGCACCGGGUGACGGGAUAGGGUCAUGGGGUGUGAUCGCCCCUGAGCCACGGGCCCGGAGGGCGGCGGCGUCCCCUUGCCCGCGGCCGCGAGCAGCACGCCGGGCCCCGCACUCGCCCGUCCGCCAGUCCGCCCAGCCUUGGCGGCGGCGCGGCCCAUGCGGCUGGGGGCGGAGGCCCGCGCGGGCGGGGCGUCUCAGGUGCGGCCGGCGGCCCGCGGAGGCGAGGGGGCGGUGGCGGGGCUGGGCGCGGCCCGGUGAUUGGUCGCCGGCCGCGGGCCCCUAGGCGUCCGGAGGCUGCCGGGCGGGGAGGGGCCGGCGGUGCGGUCCCCGCGCGGAGCCGGGAAGAUGCUGCUGUCCCUGGUGCUCCACAUGUACUCGCUGCGCUGCGUGCUGCCGGCCGCCGUGCUGCUCGGCACGGCCCCCACCUACGUGCUGGCCUGGGGGGCCUGGCGGCUGCUCUCCGCCCUCCUGCCCGCCCGCUUCUACCAGGCGGUGGACGACCGGCUCUACUGCAUCUACCAGAGCAUGGUGCUCUUCUUCUUCGAGAACUACACCGGGGUGCAGAUAUUGCUAUAUGGAGAUUUGCCAAAAAAUAAAGAAAAUAUAAUAUAUUUAGCAAAUCAUCAAUGCACAGUGGACUGGAUCGUCGCCGACAUGCUGGCCGCGCGGCAGGGCGCGCUCGGGCACGUGCGCUACGUGCUGAAGGACGGGCUGAAGUGGCUCCCACUCUACGGCUGCUACUUCUCUCAGCACGGCGGCGUCUACGUCAGGAGGAGCGCCAAGUUCAACCAGCAGGAGAUGAGGAGGAAGCUGCAGAGCUACUCCCGCGCUCGCACUCCGAUGUACCUUGUGAUUUUCCCGGAGGGCACGAGGUACAACCCGGACCUGACGAAGGUCAUCGCGGCCAGCCAGGCCUUCGCUGCUCAGGAAGGUCUGGCCGUGCUGCAGCACGUGCUGACGCCGCGCGUGAAGGCCGCACACGUCGCCUUUGACGCCAUGAAGGACUACCUAGACGCCGUGUAUGACGUGACGGUGGCUUUCGAAGGGACUGUGGACGGGAAGGGGCAGCGGAAGGAGGCUCCGUCCAUGGUCGAAUUCCUCUGCAAAGAAUGUCCAAAAAUCCACAUUCACGUCGACCGCAUAGACAAGAAGGACGUCCCAGAAGAACAAGUGUCCAUGAGAAGGUGGCUUCACGAGCGCUUCGCAGUGAAAGACAAGUUGCUUAUAGAAUUCUAUGACUCACUGGAUCCAGAGAGAAGAAACAAGUUUCCUGGGAAAAGUGUUCAUUCGAAACUGAGUCUCAUGAAGACGUUACCGUCACUGCUGAUCCUGAGUGGCCUGACCGCCGGCCUGCUUGUGACUGAGGCAGGGCGCAAGCUGUACGUGAAGACCUGGGUCUACGGGACCCUGAUCGGCUGCUUGUGGGUCAGCAUUAAAGCGUAGGACUGUCCCCGGCAGCCGGACAAGCCGUGUUGGUUGUUGCGGGCGGCCGCACGCUAUGUCACAUUGUUUCCCGAGUUUGCUCCAACCUGUAAAUAAAGCCUUACUGAGUGAA